CGCCUUUCGUGCAUAGGCGGACGCACACCUUCCUGCGGCGUGGUCCGUUAGUUCCGGUCACUGUGCUGUGGUGCUACCGACUUGACCCAGCACGGCAGUCGUCUCGUACAGUCAAAGAAUUCUCCAACUACCCGGCGAUAUAUUCAGUUACAGUGAACGUGGCCCGUAAACUGCAUACAGACCAUCUGUUGUCAAAUUUGUGAAGUAGAUUUUUCUACGUCGGAGGCAGUGCAUUUUAGAAUUUCAGGUUGGGGGAAUCAUGAAGUACAAACAGCCGCUCGGAAGUGAUAUAUAGCAGGAGGCAGCGAGCCCGGAACAGCUGCGACGAACGCGCAGCUAAUGCCACAACUGCGACAACGCGACUUCACCCCGAGCAACGCAACAGUGUAGCAGGCGAGAUGGCGGACGGGGGCGGAGGAGGCGGGGGCGGCGGCGGCGGCAGCGGCAGCAGCGGGGGUGUCAGUGUUGCGCUGCCGACGCCGGCGUCGGCGUCGACGUCAGUGUCGGUGUCGCAGUUCUUCAGCGAGCGGUCGGUGCUGGUCACAGGCGGCACGGGUUUUAUGGGCAAGGUGCUCGUUGAGAAACUGCUGUGGGCGUGUCCCGGCAUCAAGACCAUCUACCUGCUGGUCCGGCCCAAGCGCGGCCAUGACGUGCAGGCGCGGAUCGCAGAGCUCCUCAGCGGACCGCUAUUCGAUCGCCUGAGGAAAGAGCGUCCGCAAGAGCUGAACAAAAUUGUGCCAAUUCAAGGGGAUGUUACAGAACCUGAACUAGGAAUUAGCCAGUCUGACCAGAACCUGCUGAUCCGCACUGUUUCUGUUGUCUUCCAUUCAGCCGCUACAGUGAAGUUUGAUGAAGCCCUGAAGCUCUCUGUUACUAUUAACAUGCUAGGCACAAAGCGCCUUGUCGAGCUGUGUCAUCGUAUGCUGGGCCUUGAGGCACUAAUCCAUGUGUCAACAGCGUAUUGCAAUUGUGAUAGAGAGGAAGUGAAUGAAGUGAUAUAUCCUCCACCCUACGAUCCUGACAAGAUAAUCCAAUGCAUGGAAUGGAUGGAUGAUGAUCUCAUUGAUGCCCUAACACCAAAACUGAUAGGCAACCGUCCAAACACAUACACUUUUACAAAGGCUCUUGCAGAAAGUAUGUUACUUACAGAAUGUGGGAAUCUUCCUGUGGCCAUAGUUAGACCUUCCAUUGUGCUGUCAGCUCUGCGUGAGCCGCUAGCAGGUUGGGUGGAUAACUUGAAUGGACCUACAGGAUUAAUAGCUGCUGCUGGUAAAGGUUUCUUCCGCACAAUGAUGUGUUCCAAUGACAAAGUUGCUGACUUGGUACCUGUGGAUGUCGUUAUUAAUUUGAUGAUAUGCGCAGCAUGGAGGACAGCAUCUGUAAGGCCUGAUGGCAUUGCUGUAUACAACUGCUGCACUGGGCAGAAACAGCCAAUUACAUGGAAACGCUUUGUUGACUUGUGCUUCCUGUACAUGCGUUCACAUCCUGUGAAUGAUGUCUUGUGGUAUCCAGAUGGCACCUGCCAUACGCAUCAUGUUGUUAAUGCCAUUUUUCGUUGGACACUUCAUGUGUUACCUGCAUAUGCCAUGGAUUUUGCUAGACGGAUAUCUGGAAAGAAGCCAUUAAUGGUACGAACCCAAGAAAAGCUAGACAAGGCAGCAUGUUGCUUAGAAUACUUCUCAACCCAGCAGUGGCAGUUCAAGGAUGAUAAUGUUCGUCAGCUUUUCAGUGUUUUAAGUGCUGAGGACCGAAAGAUAUUUCCAUUUGAUGUGCAGCAGAUUGACUGGUCAUCAUAUGUUGAAAGUUAUGUGCUUGGCAUACGCCACUUCAUCUUCAAGGAACGCCCUGAUGACCUGCCUUCAGCACGAAGGAAACUCCAAAGGAUGUUCUGGAUUCAUCGAGUGACACAGCUUUUGGCAGUACUGGUGAUAUGGAGGAUGUUGAUGAUGCGAUCCCAGACAGCUCGUCGUGCAUGGUUCUUCAUUCUCGACUUCAUUCUGCGCCUGUCUCGCAUGGUACCAUAUGUAUGAGGUUUGGACAGAACUUGCCUGUGAAUUUGUUAAUCAAUGGAAAGAGAAUGCUCAUUUCAUUUCCAUUUUGGGCUUCUGGAGUGAGGAAACUGCCAGUUAUGGAUAGGCAGCACCACGUCAUUGUGAAACUGUGUUCUUUCUGGCUACUGCUACUUUGGCCCGUGGUUGUUACUGUUAAAGUUUUUUUUUUGUGCAUUAUGAAAAUGGUGUGAUGAUGGACUACUACCACAGACAAGUGAAGUUAUCUCAAAGAUUGGAAACUCAUUUUGCACAGCUCGGUUUACCUCUAAUUGUAGUAUUGUCUCUGAAAACUCAUUGGUCCUUCUUUUAGUUGCUUGUCACUUUGGUUAUUACAUUACACAAUUUUGUGCUGUUUUGUGUGAGUGAAAAGCAGUGCUUUGCAGUUGUCUACUUCACGUUUCUGAGCCGUGCAAGAUGUUUGGAGACUUGCUGUGCUGUUCUGUGAAAGAGUUGAUUUUGGACAUACUGAAUACAGAAUAACCAGCUUAGUGUAUCUUAAACUAGUAUGUUGAGGGCAGUUUGAAUAAGAUAUUUAUAUCAACAAUGUCUUUCCUGUAUAGUUUCUGAAGUUUUUUAUAUAAUGGAAACUAGUCUUUGUUUACAGCUUAUUAAUAAGCAGAAAAAUGUUUAAAGGCAGUUCCCAAUAAAGUGAAGAAUUUGUGUCCAUUUUUUUUCCCACUGUUUGUAAAUAAAGAUGGAGUGCAAGAAGAUGAUAUGCAGGUUAUUACUCUACUCUGUGAUAAAAACUGCACUGUAUUUUUGUAUUGUAAUUUAAUUGUGGGAAUAAGUUAUGGCUGAGUCACUUGUUUAUAGUAAGCAAAUUAUGUGUCAUUUUAAGAUGGAUUUUAAACAUGUUUUUUCUGUUGCAAAUUUAACAGUGCAUUUAUGCUGAAUUUACUAGAAGUACGUUUAUUUCCCCCGUUUUUUUAGUUCUCUCUUUAUAUGCCAUUUGGCUCUGGUAGAUUUUUUUUCUGUCUGCGAACACAACACAACACAACUCAACUCUCUCUCUCUCUCUCUCUCUCUCUCUCUCUCUCUCUCUCUCUCUCUCUCUCUCUCACUCACACACACACACACACACACACACACACAGUGUGUAUAAUCAAAAGUUCCCAGAACCUACCGCUGUAAUAAGCAUUGUAUGCUAGGUGAAGCAGUAGGUCUACACAUGCAUGCCUUUUUUUUUUUAAGUCAUCACUGGAGUCAUAGUGUGUAUACUUAAAUUUGCACACAGUUUCUCUAAUCUGCCUUAUUAAUAUUGAGCCAUUGUUUCCUAAUUUGUGCAAUAUCCCAGAUGGUGAGUGAAACUCAAUAAACAUGUGUACCCGUAAACUUUAAAAUCUUUUGUAAUGCUCUUGAAUAUUACUUGCACCCAAACAGUGUAUUGUGUGGGAUAGUAAUGGAAUCACAAGGAAGCCUGUAAAGUUCUAAGAAAGCUGUGCUACGCUAACUUUUGGAUUUCAAAGCUACUUCAUACUUGCUGCUGAACAAAGUGUAAAUUUCAUAAAACGAUAGUGUUUAUGGAUCAAAUUGGUGGUGUUCUUUGUUAAAAGUAUGUUGCAGUCAUAUGUUGUAAUAUGUAAAACUCUUGGUAAACAGAAAUGCAAAUAUAGAGAUGUUGCUUAAAAAUUAAAAUGUGAAAGUUACAAUAUGGUGACAUGAUAUGUCUGUUUUGUCCAUACCAUUGAAUAUUGCUCAUGUUUAUUAUGUUCCAGCAUAUAUUAUGCAGCCUCAAUAACAGUGGCUCAAAUAAACUUUAAUUUGAUAAUUAGUAAUAUAUUGUAGCAUUCUUAUUUUACAGUGAAUGGUAUGUAGCUGAAGAUGGGCACUUGAACGUGUGAUUGCUAUAUCUGCUUCAUAAAGAAUAAAAGAGAGACUCAUUGCAAUGCUUA